CGUGACUCUUUUCAUUUUUUUUUUUUGAAAAGUAUUAGAUUUAUUCGACUCUUUUCACUAUUCUGUGCUUCUCUUUUUUCUUUGGUGAGUUGAGGGCCUUGUGGGAUUUGGGUUAUGCUCAAAUGAUGGCUUUGUCGAUGCCGCAAUAUAUAUCAUAUAGAUUCUGAAGUUGUUGAGUGUCAAACUAAUAGCAAGGGAGCCGCACAAUGGCCGCUGAGAAUGGCUUCAAUGGUCAUACUGACUUGCAUGAGGCCAGCACAUCAAAAAGCCAGGAAGAGCCAGAGAAAGUCUCUGGCGUGAAUGGAGAAAAUCAAGAUUCAGAAAGCAGCAAAGGAGAUGAGAAAACUAGCACGGUUCCGUUUUACAAGCUGUUUGCGUUUGCCGAUUCAACGGAUAUCUUGUUAAUGAUCAUCGGCACGAUCGGUGCCGUUGGGAACGGUGUAUGUAUGCCCCUUAUGACAAUCCUGUUUGGGGAUCUUGUUGACGCUUUUGGAGAAAACCAGAGCAACAACAAAGUGGUUGAUGUGGUCUCCGAGAUUGCUUUGAAAUUUGUCUACCUGGCUGUGGGGUCGGCGGCAGCAGCGUUUCUCCAGGUGUCUUGCUGGAUGGUCACUGGUGAGAGACAAGCAGCACGAAUAAGAGGAUUGUACUUGAAAACCAUAUUGAGGCAAGAUGUUGCUUUCUUUGACGUGGAAACAAAUACAGGGGAGGUUGUUGGAAGAAUGUCUGGGGACACCGUUCUCAUACAGGAUGCCAUGGGCGAGAAGGUCGGGAAGUUUUUACAACUGAUAUCCACAUUCUUUGGAGGCUUCGUAAUAGCGUUUAUCAAAGGAUGGCUUCUUACCCUCGUCAUGUUGUCCUCUAUCCCUCUACUUGCAAUAUCUGGUGGAGUCAUGGCCAUUCUAAUCUCCAAGAUGGCAUCCCGUGGACAAACUGCUUACGCUAAAGCAGCCACUGUAGUUGAACAGACAAUUGGUUCAAUCAGAACUGUUGCAUCAUUUACUGGUGAGAAGCAAGCCAUAAGCAAUUACAACAAGUUUCUUGUUACUGCUUAUAGAUCAGGCGUUCAUGAGGGCACUGCUGCUGGACUAGGUCUUGGCGUAGUUAUGCUAAUUAUAUUCUGCAGUUAUGCUUUGGCCAUAUGGUUCGGUGGGAAGAUGAUUUUGGAGAAAGGGUACACUGGUGGUCAAGUACUUAAUGUGAUUAUCGCUGUAUUAACCGGUUCCAUGUCCCUGGGGCAGGCAUCUCCAUGCAUGAGUGCAUUUGCUGCUGGUCAAGCUGCAGCAUUUAAGAUGUUUGAGACCAUCAAAAGGAAGCCAGAGAUUGACUCCUAUGACACUAGGGGAAAAAUAUUUGAGGACAUUCGUGGGGACAUAGAACUAAGGGAUGUUUAUUUCAGUUACCCUGCCAGACCAGAUGAGCAAAUUUUCAGUGGAUUCUCUCUUUCUAUUUCAAGUGGCACAACAGCUGCUUUGGUUGGACAGAGUGGAAGUGGGAAAUCAACUGUGAUCAGUCUGAUAGAGAGAUUUUAUGAUCCACAAGCUGGUGAAGUUCUUAUUGAUGGCAUUAAUCUCAAGGACUUUCAGCUUAGAUGGAUCAGGGGAAAGAUUGGUCUUGUUAGCCAGGAACCUGUGUUGUUUACAUCAAGCAUUAGGGAUAAUAUUGCGUAUGGAAAGGAAAAUGCAACCACAGAAGAGAUAAGAGCUGCAGCUGAACUUGCAAAUGCUUCUAAGUUCAUUGAUAAACUACCUCAGGGACUAGAUACCAUGGUUGGGGAACAUGGAACCCAGCUUUCUGGUGGACAAAAGCAGAGAGUGGCAAUAGCAAGAGCAAUUCUGAAGGACCCACGGAUUUUGCUUUUAGAUGAAGCUACAAGUGCACUAGAUGCAGAAUCUGAAAGGGUAGUGCAAGAGGCAUUAGACAGGAUAAUGGGCAAUAGGACUACUGUCAUUGUUGCUCAUCGUUUGAGCACUGUGAGAAAUGCAGAUAUGAUUGCUGUAAUUCAUCGUGGAAAGAUGGUUGAAAAAGGGUCACAUUCAGAACUACUCGAGGAUCCUGAGGGAGCUUACUCUCAGCUUAUUCGAUUACAAGAAGUAAAUAAAGAGUCGGAACAUGUGGCAGAUGUAUCAGACAUUAAUCCAGAAUCGUUUAGACAGUCAAGCCUAAGAAGGUCAUUGAGGCGAUCAAUCAGCAGGGGAUCAUCUAUAGGAAAUAGCAGCCGCCAUUCUUUCUCUGUGUCUUUUGGUUUACCUACUGGAAUGAAUGUCACUGAUCCCGCAACGCUAGAUACAGCAGACCAUGCUGAACUAUCAUCAGAACGGGCUCCAGAGGUCCCCAUCCGCCGGCUUGCUUACCUCAACAAGCCAGAGAUUCCUGUGAUUUUACUUGGAACUAUAGCCGCGGCUGUCAAUGGUGUGAUACUUCCAAUUUUUGGUAUCCUAAUUUCCAGCGUAAUCAAAACAUUCUUUAAACCACCUGAUGAACUGAAGAAGGAUUCAAGAUUCUGGGCACUGAUAUUUAUGGUCCUUGGCCUGGCAUCAUUAUUGUCAAGUCCAGCACGAACAUACUUCUUUGCUAUCGCUGGAUGUAAAUUAAUCCAACGAAUCAGAUCAAUGUGUUUUGAGAAAGUGGUCCACAUGGAAGUUGGUUGGUUUGAUGAACCAGAUCACUCAAGUGGUUCAGUUGGUGCAAGGCUCUCAGCAGAUGCAGCCACAAUACGUGCCCUGGUUGGAGAUGCACUAGCUCAGAUGGUCUCAAACAUUGCAUCAGCAGUUGCUGGUUUGGUCAUCGCUUUUGUUGCAAGUUGGCAGUUGGCUUUUAUUAUCCUAGCACUAAUCCCUCUGAUAGGGGUUAAUGGAUAUGUUCAAGUAAAAUUCAUGAAGGGAUUUAGUGCAGAUGCAAAGUUGAUGUAUGAGGAGGCCAGCCAAGUAGCUAAUGAUGCAGUUGGGAGCAUAAGAACAGUUGCUUCCUUUUGUGCUGAGGAAAAGGUGAUGCAGCUCUAUAAAAAGAAAUGCGAGGGUCCUAUGAAAACAGGGAUAAGGCAGGGGUUGAUCAGUGGAUCAGGAUUUGGACUUUCAUUCUUCUUGCUGUUUUGUGUUUACGCAACCAGUUUCUAUGCAGGAGCUCAACUUGUUAAGCAUGGCCAUGCAACAUUCACAGAUGUUUUUCAAGUUUUCUUCGCUUUGACCAUGGCGGCUGUUGGAAUUUCUCAAUCAAGCUCCUUUGCUCCUGAUUCCAGCAAAGCCAAGACUGCUGCUGCUUCCAUAUUUGCAAUUAUUGAUCGUAAGUCUAAGAUUGACCCAAGCGAUGAGUCUGGGACGACGCUAGAAAAUGUGAAAGGAGAUAUUGAGUUUCGUCAUGUCAGUUUUAAGUAUCCACUAAGGCCGGAUGUUCAAAUUUUACGAGAUUUGAGUUUGUCUAUUCAUGCUGGCAAGACUGUUGCUCUGGUUGGAGAAAGUGGGAGCGGGAAAUCUACAGUAAUCUCAUUAUUGCAGAGAUUUUAUGAUCCUGAUUCAGGUCGUAUUACUCUUGAUGGAGUUGAAAUCCAAAAGCUCCAAUUGAAGUGGUUGAGGCAACAGAUGGGUCUUGUGAGCCAAGAACCUGUUUUGUUUAAUGAUACAAUCCGUGCCAACAUUGCAUAUGGAAAGGGAGGAAAUGCAACAGAGGCUGAAAUCUUAGCCGCAUCAGAGUUGGCCAAUGCUCACAAGUUCAUCAGUGCCUUGCAACAGGGUUAUGAUACUGUAGUAGGAGAGCGAGGAGUUCAAAUGUCAGGAGGACAGAAGCAACGCAUAGCCAUUGCGCGUGCCAUAGUUAAGAGUCCAAAGAUACUGCUAUUAGAUGAGGCUACUAGUGCAUUGGAUGCUGAAUCAGAGAGAGUGGUUCAGGAUGCACUAGAUAGAGUCAUGGUCAACCGCACGACCGUCGUAGUUGCUCAUAGGCUAUCCACAAUCAAGAAUGCAGAUGUUAUCGCUGUGGUUAAAAACGGCGUCAUCGUAGAGAAAGGAAAGCACGACGCUUUGAUAAACAUCAAAGAUGGUUUCUAUGCUUCCUUAGUUGCACUCCACAUGAGUGCUUCCACUGCAUAAACUUCUUCUGUAAUUUUUUUUUACUCAUGUAAUCAUAAACUUCGGUAAAGGGUCCCUUCCUUAAUUCUUUUCCUGCUCCAAUUUAUUUUGCAAACCGAAUCUGUACUAUCAAUUAUAUAAUAAUAAGAGAAAAGCGAAAAGUAUUUUAGCUUA